CUUCUUCAUUGCCUCUGUCACUUGUGUGCAUAAACAAUAUCUAUCUCCCAUGGCUACUCUUCUUUAAAACUGAACUCGUGCUUCUCUUUCAAUAAAAAAGCUUCCGCCGGAAACCUCGGCUCGCCGGAGAACUGAGCAAACGUCUUGGAUAUCCCGGCAGCGUUCGAUUUCAGAUAAAGUUGGAAACUUUUUGUAAAUCCGGAUCAAGAUAUUUCUGGGAUUUAGUAAACUUUUCUCCUUUUCGGGAAGCUUUUUUUGUUGUUAGUUUGAAUUGGAAGUCUGUUUAGCUUUUCGGGCGAGUGAGAAAAUGGGAGUGAAAGUUGCGGCGGCGACGUGUUUGCAUUGGUCACAACCUUCGGUUUCUCGGUCGCCGUCUUUUGCUCAAACCCUCGCGUCGGCGAUUUCAUCUCCUUCCCAGAAACGACGUAGUUUGGUGUGUAGUGAAGGAGUUCUCCUUUGCCGGUUUAUGCAGAGACAGGAACGGUCCGGGUUUUCCGGAGCUCAUUCGCCGAACCGCCGGGUCCGGUUGACCCGACGAGCCUGCAGUGGUAGCCAAAGUUCUUUCUGGAACGAGGAAUUUUCUUUCGGCGCCAUGUUUUCCGAUAAUCAGAGGCCUUUUGAUGCGGUGGAGCCACCGGAUUGGGCGGGGAGGGAGGAGAUGAUUCCGGCGAGCAUUGAAAUGAAGGCCAAUAGGGUUGAUCUUCCCCUAUCUCUCAGGAUCAUAAAGAGAAAGAAGCAAUGGGAAAAGGGGCUGAGAGAAGCAGGGGAAUCAGCAUAUUGUUCUGUUAAGAAAGCAUUCUCAAAUAUGGUUCUCAUAAUCCGAGAACUCAACACCUAUAUUCUCCAGAUGAGAGAAAUGCUGUCUUAUGAAGAGCUUCAAGGGGUUCUAAUUAGGGUUGAGAAGGAAAUCCACGCCUCGUUCGUGUGGCUCUUCCAGCAAGUCUUCUCUCAUACCCCAACCCUAAUGGUUUAUGUGAUGAUCCUACUGGCCAAUUUCAGUGUCCAUUCUAUGGCCAGUUCUGCUUCUCUGCAGCCUUAUGUAGCACCCCCAAUUGAAGCUGUUUCUAUUGUGGAUGAUAAUCAGCAUUUCCUUGAUCAAAAGUUCGAUUCUUCAGCCAUUAAAACCUUUUCGGUCUCCUCCUCGAAUGGCAAUAGUACAACCAUUGAUGGAAGCAAUGGCGGCGGUGGUGGGAAGUACAGACCGGUUGCUAAUGGCACGGAUGGUGAUGGGGGAUUCGACAGACAAUUGUCUUCCAUGACUAGGAGUAGCGAAGACGAGUCUGUGUCUGGCCAAGUUGCCAGGGAAGACGAGUUGAGGCUGUGGGAUUCAAUUGUUGACGAGGCUUCACGAAUGCAGUCUGUAGUACUAAGAGAUGAAUCUCUGGACCACGAAGCAAUAUUUGUGUCGCCCGUGUAUGCAAAGAUUGAAUCCGAUGAUUAUAGCGAUUACUUCAGAACUGAGAUGAUGUAUCAGAUAGGACUUGCUCAAGAACCCAACAAUUCCAUGUUACUCGCAAAUUAUGCUCAGUUUCUUCACCUAGUUGCCCAAGACUAUGACAGAGCGGAGGAAUACUUCAAGAGAGCAACGGGGGUAGAACCGAGGGAUGCUGAUGCGCUGAACAAAUACGCGACAUUUCUUUGGCAGGUGAGGAAGGACCUUUGGGGUGCGGAGCAAAGAUACCAAGACGCUGUUGCUGCUGCUGAGCCGAACAACUCGUUCUAUGCAGCGUGCUAUGCUCAUUUCCUGUGGAGCACUGGCGGCGAGGACACUUGCUUCCCUCUGGACACCAGCGACGAAUGAUGUUUAAUCCCACCCGAUCGAAACAUGGAGAAAUAGCAGCACGUAAGAUGUAGGAUACGCGAUACACAACACUGUUUUUAAUCCUGUUAUGAACUUGUUCAUAAUCAAUCUGUAGCUAGCUAGCUAGCCUUGAAGGGGAUGGAGUCUCCAUGGCUUAAAAGUUAAAAACUGUUUGGUCAUUGGCUUCUUCUGUCACCUGAAGAGCUGUGAUGAUGGUGGAGAAUGGGAUUCUGGUUUUCUUAGGAGUUCAAGAAAAGAAGGUUUGUUCUUUUCACAACAGCCUUAGCUUACUCCAUAUUGCAGGAAUAUAAUGCAGGGCCAGAAACAAGAAGAUUUCUUUGUGUUUCUCUGUAUUCUUCUCUUCUGCUUCAUCCCUCUUUACUAAAACUCUGUGUUUGAGUCAUGUGUUGAUUGGUAUAGAAUCACAUGCCCAAUUGUAAUUAAACUUAAAUUUGUUUAAUACCUUAAUAGAUAUAUAUAUUUUUUGAGUGAGAA